GGCGGCAAAAUCAACCAUCAAGUCUGCAAAUCCCUAGAAAAGAAAUUCGAUUUUCAAGGGAUAAAAUCGAUGUCCGGCGGCGAGGGAUCGGAGUCGGAGUCGGAGUCGGAGUCGGAGGAGAGAGUUAAAUACGAACCGAAGGGAAAGGUGUCGGAAUAUGAGAAGCAGAGGUUCUCAAGGAUCGCGGAGAACAAAGCGAGAUUGGAAGCUCUGGGCAUCUCUAAAGCCGCCAGGGCAAUUAUGGGUUCGAGAAAACGCAGAGGAAAACCAAAUUCCGAUGAAGAAGACGAUGAUUAUAGACCGGGCGAGGCUGCUGGUGACGAGGAAGAAGAAUUCGAAGAUAGUGAAUAUGAUGAAGAAGACGAGGGGAAUUCAAGCUCUGUUUCCCGUAAAACAAAGUUGAAGAGCAAGAAGAGAGUCCUAUCUUUGAAUAGAUCAGGCCGCAUUAGAGAGGAUGAUGACCUAAAGAAGGCAAUAGCGCUUUCUCUACAGGACUCUGAAGCAGCAGCAGCAGGAGGCUCUCGUAAUUCCCCUGCCAAGAAAAGGAGAAGCCAUCAAGAGGCAACAAGCUGGAAUAAGAACAAACCGGAGUUGAUGAUGAGCAAGAUGCAGAUGACAGAAGAUGAAUUCGUCAUUUACUUCUAUCAUUUUGAUGAAGCAGGAAAAGGUUUCAUUACUCUGAGAGAUGUGACGAAAAUGGCCACGGUGCAUGAUUUCACAUGGACUGACGAGGAAUUACAAGACAUGAUUCGUUGCUUUGACAUGGAUAAAGACGGAAAGCUAAGCUUGGAUGAGUUCAGGAAGAUUGUUACGCGAUGUCGCAUGUUGAAAGAAUCUUGAUUGUAUUUUAGGAUGUGAUUUUGGAACAUUCUACAUGUAUGAAAACAUCAUUUUGUUCCUUCUUUUGACAAGUCAACAUAAAUUAUGUUUCUUUUU